AUGGAAGUAAAACAGAUUGCAAUCAUUGGUGCUGGUGUCAGUGGACUGGGAGCCAUUAAGAGCUGCUUGGAGGAAGGACUUGAACCUACUUGAUUUGAAAAGAGCAAUGACAUUGGAGGUCUGUGGAGAUACAAGGAGACACCUGAGAACGGAAGGCCUGGGAUAUACAAAUCUUUAACCACCAAUACAUCCAAGGAGAUGACAGCCUAUAGCGACUACCCCAUCCCUGAUGAUUUCCCCAACUACCUGCACAACUCAAAAAUGAUGGAGUAUCUCAAGAUGUAUGCCAGGCACUUCGGGCUCAUGAAACACAUCCAGUUCCAGACAAAUGUGUGCAGUAUAAAGAAGCGCCCUGACUUUUCAUCCUCUGGUCAAUGGGAUAUGGUAGUAGAGACCAAGGAGAAGCAGAAAACCUACAUAUUUGAUGGGAUAAUGGUAUGCAGUGGUCACUACACUGAGAAGUACUUUCCUUUACAAGACUUUGAAGGAAUCAGCAAGUUCCAAGGCAGCUGUCUCCACAGCUGGGAGUACAAGCACCCAGACAGUUUUGUGGGGAAGAGAGUUGUCGUGAUUGGCAUUGGGAAUUCUGGAGCAGAUGUUGCAAAUGAGAUCAGCUGUGUCACUGAACAGGUUUUCCUCAGCACAAGACGAGGGACGUGGAUAUGGAACCGAGUUUGGGAUAAUGGGGAUCCCUUGGACAUCGCACUCUUCACCCGUUAUAACAGAACCGUCGAUAGUUUCUAUCCUACAUUCCUAAUCAACAAAUGGUCAGAGAAUAAAUUAAAUUUGAAGUUUAACCAUGCCAAUUAUGGACUGCAGGCUAAGCACAGAUUUCUCAGCCAUCAGCCUAUCUUCAGUGAUGACCUGCCAAAUCGCAUCAUUACAGGAAGAGUGCUGGUGAAGACCAACGUGAGGGAGUUCACUUCCACAUCCGCCAUCUUUGAGGAUGGCUCGGAGGAGAUUGUAGACGUUGUUGUCUUUGCCACAGGCUACACUUUAUCUUUCCCUUUCUUGGAUGACAGCUCUGAAAUCCUGGACAGCGAACACACAAUGUUUAAGUUUGUCUUCCCUCCUCAGUUGGAGAAGCCAACACUAGCCUUCAUUGGGAUCCUCCAGCCAAUAGGAGCCACAAUUCCCACAUCAGAGCUCCAAAGCCGAUGGGUUACACGCGUGUUUGCAGGAUUACAAAAGUUACCCUCACAAAGCAACAUGAUGGCAGACAUCAAUAGAAAGAAACGGAAGAUAGAGAAAGAGUUUGUGAAAAGCCCCAGAGAUGUACGUCGAGUGCCCUAUAUCGACUACAUGGAUGAAAUUGCUUCUGAGAUAGGUGUCAAACCCAACCUGCUCUCUUUCUUCCUCUGGGAUACAAAGUUAGCCAAGGAAAUUUUCUGGGGACCCUGUACCCCAUACCAGUAUCGUCUACAAGGGCCAGGGAAAUGGGCAGGUGCUCGGGCAGCCAUCCUCACUCAGAGAGACCGGAUCCUCAAACCCCUGAGAACCCGGGUGCUCAAAAACUCUGAGACAUCGUCCUCUAGUCUAUUCUGGGUCAGACGUAUCUGUGCUGUCAUUUUUCCCUUUGUUUCUGUGUUAGCUAUCAUGCAUGCCAUAUAUCAGUAA